AUUUAUUCGUGGCCAAAGCAGACAGCUAGUAGCAUGUUUGCUAAGUGUGUAAACCGGGUUAUGUGGGACUUUUAAACUUAUUAUCUCCCUGCUUUUGUGGCUGCUUUGUUUGUUAACAUGACGACGCACAUUUGUAGCGUCGAUACCCGCUGAUUUCAUCAGUUGUCGUGCGGAGAUUUAUUAAUUAUUUAUAUUUUUGGCGUGGACAUCACCUCUGUCUGGAUUGGCUAGCGGAACGAGUCGGAGGGCUCGCGUGAUGGAUCCUCUGGGUGCCCGCUCCCAGUUUGUGGACGUCCAGACUCUUCCAACAUGGCAGCAGCAGCUGGGAGAGAGUGGGCAGGAAACGCCCGCGGACCAGAGCGACGGCCUGCUGGGCCCGGAGUCCUUCCCCUCUCCCUUCCCCUUCAGACCAGACCUCAACCGCAAAGUCGUCCUCUUCACCGGGGACGUGGCCCUGCUGAGCUGCACCGCCAUCGUGAACACCAGCAACGAGUCGCUGAACGAUAAGAACCCCGUGUCCGACAGCAUCCACCAGCUGGCGGGGCCCGAGCUGCGGGACGACCUGCUCAAGCUCAAAGGGUGCCGGACGGGCGAGGCGAAGCUGACCGAAGGCUUCAACCUGGCGGCGAGGUUCAUCAUCCACACGGUGGGGCCCAAGUACAAGGCCAAGUACAGGACGGCGGCGGAGAGCUCGCUGUACAGCUGCUACCGGAACAUCCUGCAGCUGGCCGUCGAGCAGUCGAUGACGACCGUGGGCUUCUGCGUGGUGAGCACGACCAAAAGAGGAUACCCGCUGGAGGACGCCACACACAUCGCCUUCAGGACAGUGCGCCGCUUCCUGGAGAAUCACGGGAACAGCAUGGAGACGGUGGCAUUCGCCGUGUCGGACACGGAGGAGGCUGUGUACAGAAAGCUGCUUCCUCUCUACUUCCCUCGCUCUGAGGCAGAGGAGAGGGCCUCCCUCCCUCUCAUCCCGGCUGACAUCGGCAACUCUGAGGGGGAACCCGUCGUCCCAGAGAGACAGAUCCGCAUCACAGAGAAACCAGGCACCCUGGAAGACGACUGCGAGGAGAGCCUGGAGCUGGACCUGGGGCAGGUGGGCACCCACGCCUUCGCCCGGAUGGAGGGCGACGUGGACAAGCAGCGCAAGCUGAUCCUACAGGGCCAGCAGUCCGAGGCGGCCGCACACAAACAGCACCAGAGAAACUACAGCCGCUGGCUGUGUCGAGCCAGAGCAGAGGACCUGUCAGACGUGGCCGCGCUGAAAGCCUUAUAUCAGACCGGUGUGGAUAUGUGUGGCAGGACAGUGAUGGUUAUUGUCGGACGAAACAUCCCAGUGACCCUCAUUGAUAUCGAAAAGGCGCUGCUGUAUUUCAUCCACGUGAUGGAUCCCAUCACGGUGAAGGAGUAUGUGAUGGUUUACUUCCACACGCUGACCGGCGAGCACAACCAUCUGGACUCCGACUUCCUCAAAAACCUCUACGACAUCGUCGACACAAAGUUCAAAAAGAAUUUGAAAGCCUUCUACUUUGUGCAUCCAACAUUUCGCUCAAAGGUCUCCACCUGGUUCUUCACCACCUUCAGCGUGAGCGGCCUAAAGGACAAAGUGCGUUACCUUGACAACCUGCCGCAGCUGUUCAGCUGCAUCCGGCCCGAGCAGAUCGACAUCCCUCCCUUCGUCCUGGACUACGACUCACGGGUGAACGGGCCCCCCCGGCCCUCCGAGGGCUCCAGUCUGUGACGGGCUGAUGAAGAGGAGGCAUCCCGUCCAGCGGACGCCGCCUGGGACCCCCACAACGCCCCUAAGGUCCAGUCUGAACCGGCCCAAAGGGGCCCAACAAGGGGCCCAACAGGAGGCCAAAAGGGGGGCCAACAGGGGCCCAACAGGGGCCUGGAGGGUGGGCCCCGCCGGCCGUUUGAGGGUCUGCUACGGUUUCUGGAUAAAAAAAGAGGGCUGCACGGGCCUAACGCAAAGAGGCUCUCACCCAGCAGAUUCCUUCAUCGGAUUCUGGGCAGAUGGCGUCUAAAGGGAGAUUCCACUUUUUCUCGAAGUUGUUUGAGACGUCAAACACGUCACAUGUGUAGUUCACCCUGCACGGAGUGGGGGAGUGGGGGGUGGGAGGUGGGGGGGGAACCUAAUGCAUGUUU